GUAGUGCCGGGGCCAGGCUUUUCCCUGCGGCUGGCCAGUUGCUGGCAAAUGGGAAUGCGUGGUGUGAUUUCGGCCGCGCGGCACUGGAAAAGGCACAGGGUGUGGGGAAUGUUCCAAUUGCCGGGCUUCCGAAAGAGGUCACGUCUCCUGCUAAGGACGCCUUCCUUCCUAGGGGUGAUAUCGCACCAGUGUGUUCAGUACUUUUUUGUUCAGCUAGCUUCAGCUUGCUGUGAAAACAAAGUGCUAUUGCUGUAACACACCUGCCUAAAAUUUAUGUUACUAAACGUUUUUAAAAACAGAAUUGAAAGAAGAGUGGUGCUUGUACCUGAGAAAUCAUGUGCAACUUCAGAUGCAUCAAGAAGUUACUACAGUACCUGAAAUUUUAUAUUUUUUUAAUUAUCGAGAACGCCUUCUGUAUAUUCUAUCUCCGCAAAAAACAUUUUGCUGGUGAAAUAGUACUUAUUACUGGCUCUGCAAAUGGGAUUGGAAGGCAGGUUGCCUUAAAAUUGGCUCCUUUGGGAGUAACCUUGGUUCUUUGGGACAUUGAUGACGAAGGUAACAAAGAAACAAGCAGACUGGCCCAACAAAAUGGAGCCAGCCGGGUGUUUGUCUACCACUGUGACUGCAGCAGGAGGGAGGAUGUCUAUGAACAGGCAGACAAGGUUAGAAAAGAAGUUGGGGAUGUUACUAUUCUAAUCAAUAAUGCUGGCACACUGAUUGGGAAAAAGUUCUUUGAGCUUACAGAUGAAGACUUUGAAAAGACCUUCAGAAUCAACUUCUUUUCUCAAGUCUGGACUUGCAAGGCAUUUCUUCCAGCCAUGGUGGCCUGUAACCGUGGGCACGUGGUUAGCACAGCCAGUGGAGGCGGAUUACUGGGACUCUACAGGCAGUCAGAUUAUUCAGCAAGUAAGUCUGCAGUCAUUGCAUUGAUGGAAGCCAUACAUUCAGAACUGUAUCAUGGAGGAAAACGUGGCAUUAAAACCACAAUCAUUUGCCCUUAUUUUAUUAGCACUAGGUUAGGCAAAGACUUCAAAAGCACAAGACCCUGUUUGUUUUCUGUUUAUGAUCCAGAGUAUGCAGCCAGCAGGAUCGUAGAGGCAAUUAAAAAGGAGAAAUUUUAUCUGAUCAUGCCUCCAGCUGUAUACUUACUUGGUCUCAAAAUUUUUCUUCCUAGAAAAGCAGCGCUAUUCCUCGAGUCUUACGUUAAGUUUCCUGAGAGCAUAGAAGAAGCCUUUGGUCAGAAGAAAAAGGAUUGAAACAAAAAGUAUUCUGAAGACCUCAAGUGCUAUCUAAUUGAACAUUUUCAGUAAAAAAAAAAAAUUUUAAAUCCUAUUUAUUCCUUGACAAAAAAAAAAAAUCACUUAUUUUAUGCUAUUUUACAUUGGCCAGCAUGCCAUUUAAUUCUUCACAACUGUCUUUUAAGCCUUUAAGUACGAUUACAGCAGUCAAUGCAAAUUGACAUGACAUUAUGUUUGGGCAUAUAUUGAGAGCCCAAACAUCUUAAUGCAUAAUUUCAUUGCUGGUGCUGCAGAGCUUAAGAGCAGGGCUCAUGAGGUGAGAAAAAUGUAUUUGAAAUUAUUUGUGAAACAAAACUCUAACUUGAAGUAGUGUCACAUGCUAGUGACAUUAAUAUAUGGUUAAAUGUGAAAGGUCUCAGGAUGAAAUAUUUGCAAGCAAGGAGCUCAUUAUAAGGGCUCACUUUUAAGGAUGCCUUUCUUGUUUUCAGUUGUUUUAACUAAAGUCUAUCUACCUUACCACCUACAUCUGCAGUUGUAAGUUCACCAACCAUAUAGGCAGGACGUGAGUAGGUUAAGAAUAACGCAUAGGAAAUAAUACCCUAUUUUCUAAGCUAUAUUUCAGCUAUACACCCUGCAAAUCUUUGUUCUGUACUGCUGCAACCUCAGCCAAGGGCACUUUUGGCUCCAUAUUCCUUUCAGGCUAAUCUGCUUGUCUCAAGAAGGAAUUUGUAAAGCUUAUACUUUCUAAGUCUCACAGUGAUCUGUCAGAUUUUCUUAUCAGUCCUAGAAAUCAGUAGCUCACUCUUUUCUGUGAAAAUACCAGGAAAAUAGUUUUGGGGUUUGGGGUUGCUUGGUGGUGGAGGUGGUGUUUGGGGGGAGUAGUUUCUUUUUCAUACAGAAGUGUGAUAGAUCCAGUAAUACAAUUCUAAAACUGUAAACCAAAACUUUCUUAUUAAAGCUCAGAAGAUGCAUUUGAA